UCCAAGCCUUGUCUGCUGUCUCCACUCCACCCGACGGCAUUGCUUGUCCACAACUUCCAAGGCGCGCCGGUCAUGUCAUCCCCCUCUUUUGCCCCCUCGCCGCCGCCUGCUGCAGCUCCUGCUCCCUCCACGCCUCCAUCAAUGCCGGCCCUCCACCGCCCGCCACCCCGAGGCAGCUGCUGCUAUAUCCCACCCUCCAGGCACCAUCCUCCGCCUCCCCGCUCAUCAAGCCCACUCUGCCGACCCGCUACGCUGCCAUGUCCGAGGCGGCCACCGUCCUUCCGUCCAUGCGCGACCCCGGCGACGGCCCCGAGCCGCCUGGCACGGUUCCCGCCCGGCCCGACCUUGAUUUGAACAAGUCAGCUGGCGACGACGAGGGCGGCGGCGGGGCUGCCGAUCGCUCGAGACGGGGCGGUGAAAGCGCCGCCGACGGAACUUCACAGUCUGCACAUGGCGAUGCCGCCAUGACGCGGCUGCCUGGAAGGAUUGGCAAUGCGGCUCCACGGGGGAGACGUGGUGGCGCUGCCCAAGGAAGAGGAAUGAGGUUCAGGGCUACUGGUGAUGCGCAUACCGAUCAGGAGCAGCCUCGCGGGGACCUCCCUGAAGGCGUCGCUGGACGACAGGCUACCGGUGCAGGUGACCACGGUCUGAACAAGGAACCUGCAAAUUUGGGAAUAGAUCGCGGAGCGGCCGAUAGAUUUGCGAGUGAAGCCAUGAUAACGCCACAGGCUGAGAGGGCUGUUAAUUGUUCUGCCAUUGACCGAAGUGAAAGCCCAGCUUCGCAGCCUAGAGGAAAUGAUCCCCCAGAAAUUAUCGCCAAAGACGAAGCCACGGCAAUGCUGCCAGUGCCAGAGAGGGUUGAAGUAGGUAACUCCCCAAUAUAUAUAACUGGUAGGAAGUUGGGUAAAGGUAGCUCUGGCAAGGUCUAUGUUGGCAGACGAUUAGGUAUGCCCAGUGGAGGGUACAAGGGUCGGAAUGCAAUUGAGGUUGCACUGAAAUUUGUGCAUCGGAGAAGCAGGGAAGGUAGCUGUGACCCCCCAUAUGAGUGGCAAGUUUAUCACAGGGCUCUCAAUGGUUGUUAUGGCAUACCGUCGAUACACUACAAGGGUUGCCAAGGAGACUACUACAUUCUUGUAAUGGAUCUGCUUGGUCCUAGCCUCUGGGAUGUUUGGCAUUCAGCAGGACAGGAGAUGUCAGUUCUAAAGGUUGCUUGUAUUGCCAUCGACGCCAUAUCAAUUCUUGAGAAGAUUCACUCCAAAGGCUUUAUACAUGGUGAUGUAAAACCUGAAAACUUUUUGCUUGGUCAGCCUGGAUCCGCUCAAGAAAAGAAGCUUUUUCUCAUUAAUUUUGGUUUAGCAUCUAACUGGAAAUGGAAAAGAGGAUCAUCCAGUAUGCAUGUUCAGUAUGAUCAGAGGCCAGACAUAUUUAGGGGAACAAUUAGCUAUGCUAGCGUCCAUGCCCAUUUAGGUCGUACGGGCAGUAGGAGGGGUGAUUUGGAGUCACUGGCAUACACCCUUAUAUUUUUAUUACGAGGAAGCUUGCCAUGGCAAGGCUAUCAGGGAGAUAACAAUAGCUUUCUUGUUUGUAAGAAGAAAAUGGAGAUUUCACCAGAGGUGCUGUGUAGCUUCUGUCCAGCCCCAUUCAAACAUUUUCUUGAGUUGGUUACUACUAUGAAAUUUGAUGAAGAGCCAAACUACCAAAAACUUGUUUCUCUCUUUGAUGAUUUGAUUGUCGGACCUGCUUCAAGACCCAUCAGGAUCGCUGGAGAUCUAGAGGUUGGACAUAAACGUGGAAGAAUUGCUGCAAAUCUUGAAGAAGAUGAACAGCCUAUGGAAAAAGUUCGGUUGGGGAGCCCUGCAACUCAAUGGAUUUCGAUUUAUAGUGCUAGGCAGAACAUGAAGCAGCGAUACCACUAUAAUAUAGCUGAUUCAAGGCUGCCUCAUCACAUACAAAAUGGUUAUGAAGAUGGCGUGUUCAUUAGUUGUAUAGCUUCUUCAAAAAAUGUGUGGGCUCUUAUCAUGGAUGCUGGGACCGGCUUUUCUUCUCAAGUUUUCGAUCUUUCACAAAAUUUCCUACAGAAGGAUUGGAUUAUGGAGCAGUGGGAGAAGAACUUCUACAUAACUGCAAUAGCUGGAGCAACCAAUGGAAGCUCAUUGGUUGUGAUGUCCAAAGGGACUCCGUACACACAGCAGUCAUACAAAGUCAGUGAGUCUUUUCCUUAUAAGUGGAUUAAUAAAAAGUGGAAAGAAGGAUUUCAUGUAACAUGUAUGGGUACUGCUGGGAACCGUUGGGGUGUUGUCACGUCGAGGAACACAGACUACUCCUACCAGGUUGUUGAGAUAGAUUUUGUGUAUCCAAGUGAAGGGAUCCAUCAGCAAUACGGCGCCGGUUACAGAAUAACCUCAUGUGCAGCCACGCCCGACCAAGCCGCUUUUAUCAUGAGCAUAACCAAGGAGUCCAGGACGAUACCAGUGGACGAAACUUUUCUAACUUCUGAUUUCCCCAGCAAGGCUACAAAGCGCCACAUUCAUAGUUAUGCUAUGUCAUCUUGGUUCGCAUGCGUGAACCUAACCUCGGGACGCCAAACUCUCAGGAACAAUGGGCGAAGGACCUAUACAUCACCUCGAUCUGCCAUGGGCGAACUGCGUGUUGACGGCUGCGUUGGACCUUCAAGCAAGGCGAAUUAACGAGUGGUGGGAUUCUUUUGGGAUUUUACGUUGCAAAUGGUUGGCUCUGGCCUCUUGCAGUAACCUGCGGCUCUGAUUGUAAAGAAUCAUAUGGAGAGCUACGUAGAAACGCACCAGACCAUAUGUUUUUUUUUAGAAGAACAGGGAGGCCUCUCCCCGGUUCCAUUAACAAGAAUGAAACCAUACAGAGUCUUUUCUUACACAGCUAGAGUUCAGAGGUUCAACCUAAAAGUUAUUACAGCCAUGCUCAACAGCGGAGCUGAUGGACAGAGCGAAAACAUAAGGAAAUUUAAAACGAGCCCGAUAAGACUAGGUGGCUAGAGCUCAGGUUUUUGACCGCACUCCACAUGGCAGUCGAAUCACAUCGCGAUCUCACCCCCUCCCCUCCUGAAUUUGAGUGGCGGUGCCAAAGCCGCUUGGGGCGACCAGCAGAUUGCGAGGGUGGACACAGGGCUGUUCACCAUGGUUUUGUUGUCAGUGUCCCUCUUCUUGGCAGGGGAAUGGAAGCCUCCGUCUUCAGAGAUUUCAAGGUUGUCCCAGCUUGCGCCACACAUCAAACCUUGUGUUCUUCGUUUUCAGCCACACAAGAUCAUCAAGGGUCGUUGGAGCAGUUUCGCCAGCGCACUCAAGAACGCCUCCACCUGGGGUUUGCUUGCUUCCGGGGUCAGAAUCACCCAGAAUUUGAGCAUUCUGUGAACCAGUCUCCACACCUGAGUAAUAGAUGUCCAAAUAGUGUUAUUAAAAAUUGUUGAAACGUGAUAUCUUUGUAUUUAUUUCUGACUGAUUCUUCUAUUAUCUCUAGCCUGGCAUAGAUUGAUCUCUAGAGAUACUGUAGGGUUAGUUGGCUUGUCACGCAAGACACCACCUGUAUAUAUUGUAACCGACUCC